AAGGAACACGACGGCGAGUUUCUCGAGCGAUACACCGGAGACAUGGACAUCGUUUUGGUCUUCUCCGGUCUUUUCUCAGCAGUCAGCACGUCUUUUAUAGUGGCGAUGGAGUCUGGUCUCAGUCCCAACCCCAGCGACACCACGAAUGCCCUUCUCACACAACUCGUGUACAUCGGGUUCGGCAACUUCACUGCAGCGGGCUCCACUCCUGCAGACCCAGCAUCUACGUGGUCGGCGAGUGCCCCAGCUCUGAGGAUCCAAAUGAUCGCAUACGCAAGCUUGUCCAUGAGCUUGCUAGCAGCAUUCGGGGCCGUACUAGGCAAGCAGUGGCUCGGCUACUACAAGUCGAACAGAUAUGGUCGCGGCUCGCAGGAGGAACGAGGAAAGCGCAGGCAAGAGAAGUUCGACGGCCUCAUCACUUGGUAUUUUGAUGCUGUCGUGCAAUCCUUUCCGGUCUUGCUUCAGAUUUCCCUUCUUCUCUUUGGGAUCGCCCUCGGCGCCCGCAUGUGGUGCGAGCAGCCCAGCAUCGCUUGGGUGAUCAUUGCCACAACAGUCUUCGGAUUUCUGUUCUAUUCGCUGACGGUGAUGGCAUGUUUGAUAUCUCCCGCCUGUCCAUUCCAGACGCCGGUGUCGACGGUGUUGCGCAUGUUGGGUAUGCACAGUAAGAUCAUUUUGUGA